AUGGAAACGUCAAGCAAACCCAAAACGCGGCGCUCGAAGAACGGGUGUCGCACCUGUCGGAUACGACGAGUGAAAUGCGACGAGACAUCCCCGUCUUGUACGCGAUGCACAUCGACGGGCCGCACCUGUGAGUGGAUUGGAGUCUUUCGCGACGGGCUUGGCGACAUCAAGCCAAGACUGAGGCCGCAGCAAGCCCUUCCCAUAUUCCCCAACGCCAAAGCCGAGGAGCUCCGCGGGUUCGAGUUCUUCCAGCAUCGGACCGCCCGGGAAAUGUGCCCGUCGUUUGACUUUGGGUUCUGGACGUCGCUUGUUCUCCAGCUGAGCAGGUCAGAGCCGGCUGUUUUGCAUGCCGCCAUCGCCCUCGGGGUCCUCCAUGAGACCGAAGAGAGCCUUGGCAUGCCUAUUUCCAAAGACCGGCUAACCCACAACGAGAAGCACAAGUUUGCGGUGGGGCAAUACAACGCCGCCAUCAGGUUGUUGAUGGGGGGCCGGACGGCAACUUCCGUGCUGGCCACUUGUUUGAUCUUCAUUCACAUUGAUCUGAUGCGCGGCCUAUAUCAGGCUGCAGGGGCGCACAUCAGGAGCGGGCUGAAGAUACUAGAAGAAUCCGGGAGCGUGCUAUCGCAUGAUGUGAAUCGGAUGAUGAGAACGGGAUUCUGCCGGCUUGACCUACAGGCUACACAUUUUGAUGCCGAGGCCCCGUACUCUAAACUUCCGGUUUAUGAGCUCGCCGCCCUCGAUGAUGCGUUGAGCCGACCUUUUAUAACACUCAAAGAUGCAAAAGAGCAAUAUGACGCGCUGCUCUACCACACUUUUCGAUUGCUCAGGACUUGUGAGGGUAACGUGCUCAAGAAUCGGUUGGAUCACCUAAGUGACCAGGUCCUCAGGGCCCAGCAGCAAAAGUUGCUGCGUGCCCAUCGCAAUUUUCUCCAGAGUUGUUGUGUGAUGGUGCAGGGACCUACGAGGGCAGCCGGUCAGGAACAGCAAGCUCUUCGACUUUUACAGAUGCAUACCCUCCUCACACAGGUACUCGUUAGAGUUUGUAUGGCCCGCGAUGUUGAAGACGCGUUUGACGAGCAUAUUCGCACUUUUGAGGAUAUUUUCCUCCUGGCCAAGGAAUUUGUUUCGAACCAAACCAAUGCUCAAGUUGAUGACUCGGCCUCUAGGGUAGGUAGCUUAUCCACGGACUGGGGCAUCAUCUUCCCUCUGACCAUGACGGCAUUAAAGUGUCGUGUGGGAUCGAUUAGAGAGGAGGCAGUGUGUCUGUUGGAAGCAUGGAAGCACCGCGAAGGGUUCUGGGACUCGGCAUUGGCAGCCAGGUGCUGUCGCGAGCUCUUGUCGGUUGAGCUAUCCGAUGAAGGCGGGAGUGUAAACAAGCUGGCGAACAUUUGGGUCGAUAUUCCUGACCAUCAGAGAGAAGUGACAUUGACUUGGGACAUGGAGUCUCAAGGGGCGAGCGACACGCCAGCCCAUUCACGCGCAGUGGCAAUCUAG